UUUUAAGUAAAACAUAACCUCAACCAAGAGACCUAAAAAACUAAAAUAUUUAUUUAUAAAUAUAUUUAUAUAUUGUUGAUUAAACUUAUCACGUUGGAAGAAGUAAAUCUGUUUUUGCAAAACAUAAGUUGAACCAUUUGAAGACAAACAUGAUAAACCCAUGUAAACAAGGUUAGAAUGACUAAUCUUAGUUUCAAAUUAAAAUUAAAGCAUUUCACAUAAGACUGAUUAGUAGUAUUGAAGAUGUUGAAGUUCUUGUUAGCGAUUUAUAUGGUACAUAUUGUAUUUUCCUUCGAAAAUACAUUUCUUGGUUGCUACAAUGACAUUUCUCCUGGAAAGAGGAUUCCUUCUUCUAUUGGACAGAAUAGAGCAAAACCGGAGUGUAUCAAAGAUUGUUUUUCAAAGUAUUAUAGGUACUCUUUUAUUUACACUGAAGGCAAUUGUUCAUGUGGGAAUUACUUAGGAGAAGAAGUUUCAAAUGUAACUUGCAGUGAAUGCCAGUCCGAAACUUGCAGUGAUUCGAAAGUGAAUUUAACUGAUACUUAUUUUACAGGAAACCUAGUGCCUGGUCCUCCAAGAAACUAUAAGGUAACAAACAUUACAGAAAACCACAUAAGGAUAACAUGGCAAGAACCAGAAUCAUUUGUAGAAAUUACUAAAUAUAAAAUUAUGACCAAUGUGAUACAUACUUACUCCAGUUAUGCUCCUAUUAGCCCAGAAUGGUUUUACUCAAAUGAUACAUUUCAAACAGCCUUGAAUACAUUAUUACCUGCUACAAAGUAUAAUGUAACAUUGUCCACUGUUUCACCAGAUGGGGAUGGAGCUCUAGUUUUUCGAGUCAUAGAAACAAAACUAGAUAAACCAGAUAGUAUACCCACGAAGCCAAAAAUUAUCGAAAAUCGUGGACAUCAGCUCGAUGUUCAACUUCUACCAACACCAAAUAAUAAUGGUCCGGUAACAGCUUAUAGAAUUAUAGUUGUCAAUGAAGAUGCCAAUCAAGAUUUUGAUGAUACUGAUCUUGGUUCAUAUCAUGAUGCCAACAGAAAUGGAUUAUCUUACUACAUAGCUGCCGAACUGAAUCCAAAGGACAUUAAUAAUAUAUUCACUGUUGGUGAUGGCCGAACAUAUGGAAGAUAUUACAAUGCUCCUCUCGAUACUAAUAUAAACUACAACUUAAUAUUAGCUUUAGUGAGUAGUUUAAAUGGAGUAGAAAAGGUAGUUUACAGCAAUGGAGUAGGAACCGGCAGUGGAGUAUCAAUUUUGAAUGUUCCUGAUGAUCAAAUUGGAUCAGAUUCCCCAGCUGUAAUUAUUGGAUUGUCUGUAGCUAUUGGUUUACUGACUUUUAUGUUAAUAGCUGGUAUAAUUGGAUUCAUUAUUUUGAAAAGUAGAGUCGUUAAUAGAAGACACAGGCUCUCUGAUAAUCAAGAAUUAACUCUCCAAGGGCCCAUGAUUGAAGUUGAAAACAACGGAUAUAUUGAUGAAGAAGAAGUCGUACCUGUUAACCAUUACAGAAACUUAAAGCAGAAAGUUAGAACAAUUCCUUCCAGUCAGCUCAAUGUAGAACCCACGAAUUUACUUGGUGUCGGCAGAUAUGGAAGAGUUAAUAGUGCAAUCUUACAAGAUAAUGAUAACGUAAUAUCAACUGCAGCAUAUACAAUUCAAGACAAAAAAAUGUCCCAAGAAACUAGAAAGACAAUGCUUCACGACCUUGAUGUACUUAUAAAAGUUGGAAAACAUGACAAUAUCAUAUGUCUUAUUGGAAUGUGCGAAACAUCGCAGAAUAUUUAUGUUGUUUUGGAACAUGCAUCCUUGAAUCUCAAAGAUUUCUUACUCGCUAAUAGAGAUUCCCUUCCAGGAAGAUUUAGUACAAUGUCAGAAUCUCAAGCUUUGGAUAUUGCAGUACAAAUAGCGAAGGGAAUGGCUCAUCUAGAUUCUUGUAAGAUAAUUCACAAGCAACUCUGUGCUCGCAGUGUAAUGAUAUCUCCUGUAGGAGUUGUUAAAGUCAGCAGCUACGGUAUAGCUCAAUAUUUUAGCCACAACAAAAUUCCUGAUUAUACUAGAUGGACAGAUGUUGAAGUAUUUAAAAAUCAUCCGCAUAAUAGAAAAAGUGAUGUGUGGUCGUAUGCGUGCUUAUUAUGGGAGAUAUGCGCGUUGGGUGGUACUCCUUAUGGUUUCGUUGCAAACAAUAAUGAAAUUCCAGAUAAGAUAAUGAAAGGACUACGACUUCCUCAGCUUCAAUAUAUUAAUGAUGAUAUGUACCAAAUAAUGUUAGAUUGUUGGCAGCUGGACUUUACUGAAAGGCCUUCUUUUGUUGAACUAGGUGAAUCUUUAGAAAGCUUGAAGAAAAAUGACUUGAUUCCAUAUAUUACGUUUAGUACAUUCCCUAAUUUCCAGUAUGAGCAGUUUUAUCCAGAUAUGGAACUUGCUGUAAGACCAGUAUUUUAAUUAGUUUCUUAUACAGGGUGUUCCACAUAUUAGCUGUUCAAACGUACUGACUCUCUAUUUUCUAUUUCUUUUUUAAUUUGUGGAAUGCUCUGUAAUAUUUGUAGAGUGAAAAUUAUACGUAUCAAUAAUUAUAUUUUUACUUCUAUUUAUGACAUGACAUAUAACGGUUUCAUUUAUCAUGAGUUGAUAACUGAAAUAACAUUUUUUAAGUUUUGUAUUACAUAUUUUAUUUGUAUAUUAUACAUUUUAACCAUUCCAAUUAUGAUUUUAUCGCAAUGAUUUUAGUAUUAUUGUUUUCCUACAAAAUCAGUUGUUCGUCAUCUAAUAAUUGUUCUGUAUUGUUGUGACUGAAAAGUAUAUCAUAAAGUAAUGCGUAUUAAAUUUAUUUAAAUUUCACCUGUUUAACAGGUUAAGUGCCGGUUUUCCAUAAACUCAAAAUAUUGUAUAUGUCUACCUAAAUGGGUGGACAACAAAACUCAAAUUUUUUUCUUGUGUCCACCCAAUUGGGUGUACAACAAUGAUUUAUUCAUUAAAUUAGUAAGUAAUAUAAAUUAGUAAGAAGUAACUUAUUUAUAUGUUCUUGCUUCAAUGUCCAGCUUUUAAGUCCAUAUUGCAGUAUCGAAAACAUGUAGCAUCUCAGAGCUCUUACUCUCAGUUCUAAUCUAAAGUCUUUUGUUGCAAAGAAUUGUUUUCAUUUUUACAAACACAUUUCUUGCUAUUUCGAUCCUGGCCUUUAUUUCCGUUGUUUGAUCAUUAUUGUCUGAAAUCCAGGUAAUGAGAAACCAAUUAUUAUUUGUAAAAUAGUUCUAUGAUAAUUAAGAAAAUGUAGCUCUGACACUCCUGAGCAGUUCUCAAAAUUUUAUCUUGGCACCAGCAAGGGGUACUCGAAUUACUCAUGGGCAGGGGAGGCCGUGCCCCCCCUCGCUUUUUGGGUGCUUUAAAUUAUAGAUUUCUUCUAGCAAACAGUCAAACUAGUCAGAAACCGUCAGCAAACAGUUGGUCAGUGAGAAAACAUAAUACAGUCACCAGUGCUAUCCCCUCUACUCGCGCUGGUCCACUAUUCGCUGAUGGUUUCAAACCGUUUGAAACUGAUGCUAGAACAAACCUUAUAUAUUGUCAUCCAAAGUAUUCAAAAUGUGAUGUGCAACAUCUUCACGUCUGGCCCCCCACUAACAAUUUUUAUAUGGGCGCCCAUGGAUGUACUUAGUAGUACUGAACUUACCCAGAGGGAGAUCGUCUGCGCAUUCGGUUUUCGGAGCGAAAUAUUAGGCCUUAUUGAACAUCCAAUUUUGUAAUGCGCAGGCGUUCUCCCUCGGGGUACGUUCAGGGUAUACAGCGCGAAUAGGCCUAUUAACACUUAACCUGUUAAUAUAUGGAUGCUCGUGUAGGUAUCGAAUCUUAGUUAGACAAAUUCGAGGACUGUGAUUUGACGACAUAAUAAUAUAAUCUUGUGAUGAUGUUGCAAAGGUUUUUGUAGGAAAAAGAUUACUUUUUAAUAUCCAGCUCCCAUAUGUAUUAUUGUAUUAAUUACGUAUUUUGUAAAACAAAUGUAUCGUUUGCAAUUACAAAAAUUGUAAUUUUUUAUACGUAAGCGCUGUUUCACAUUAUAAGAAUUUUGAUCGUGUGAUGGUUAAAAUCUACAUAGUGGCUCGAGCAAUCACAUGGAAUCUUUUUCCCUUCUCUGAACGUUUCAAGCGGUGAAUGCGGAGCCACUAUGUAGAUUUUAACCAUCGCACGAUCAAAAUUCUUAUAAUGUGAAACAGCGCUACAAGUAUAAGUGUAGAACGCAUUCAGUGAACAACAUCUUUCCGUGAGCCAUUCUUGUACCUUAGAUUCUUUUUAAUGUUGAUAUUUCGAAUACAUACAAUAUUUCGAAUGUAAUGAUCUGACAAUACCGAAUCAAGGAUAUUGCAUCUCAAUUUCAUAAUCUUUCCCAAUAAUGUGCUAUCCUAUUCUUUGUCCAAGCUGAAUAGAAAAACUGCGACAAAAUAAACAGCUCUAAAAUCACUGCUUUUCAUUAUGUGUUGCUAGAGUUACUUUCAAGGAGGACCCACUGCCUAUAGGUGGAUGAUGGUUGCAACUAUCUGAGUUAAAAUAUAAAUUAUAAGACUUAUAAGAAGAUGCCCAAAAAAUUGUAGACCCUACAAUAUCUUAGUUGUAAUUUUCUAUUUAAAUGCACGUUAAGAGGGGGUAUGGUUUAAAAAUUUUGAAAUUUUCUAUUUUUUAUUAUUAUUUUAAAUCAAAAUUCAUAACUUCAAGAAUAUUCUUUGAAAAUUACAGAUUGAUCGGAUCAAAAUUACCGGAAAUACAUCAUGUUGAACAUACAGUAGCUAUGCAGCAGCUUCGCGCCAGCGCUCUUGAGUCUAGUGAGAAACGUUCAACAGCUGUUCUCCUUUAUUUUUGUAAAUUACUCCGCGAUUCAAAAACAUUCCGGUGUACAUCACUUUACGAUUUGACAGUCCAAAAAAUUGAAAAAAAAGUUGUCAAAACUUUAAACGCGAGAUAACACUGUCGAGAUAUUUUUUGUUUUGCGUUUAUUUUUUGUUUAACAAUAAUAAAUAUGUUUAUUUUCACCUUUUUUUACAAGAAAUUUCGAUAAUUUCACUUCUUAAUGAUGCCAAAGACUCAAAAAUCGUUAAAACUAAAAAACUCGACAGCGUUACCUCGAGAAACUCAUAGCUAAUAAAAUCUUUUUGAAUUUUUUGUUUCACAUGAUCGAAUGACUAGUUCUGAUGUCCACCGCAAAAUCCUUUUUUUUUUUCAGGUGUCUAAGAAUUUGCCACCGUUGGCUUAUUUUUCAGUAUUUGAGCUUGAAAUUUUUUUUGAAUAUUCUUUGAAUUGUUCUGAAUAUAAUUAUUUAGUUAAAAUUAAAUAUUAUAAAAUAAUUCUACCACAGUGUAAAAAUAUUACAAACAUGUGCUUGAAAUGUUGAUUUCAAACCAUAACCCCCACUUAAAUUAAAAAUAAUUUCACGCUUCUUUUUAUACUCUACAAAUAAGUAUGAAGAUGAAAUCUGUACACACAUAUUUCAUCUCCAUAAAAACUAUUUUCGAAAAUAAACCAAAAUUUUAUUUGUAAGUAUUUCCCGUGGAUUUGUUAAAAAUCGGAACUGAUUAUUGUACAAAAUUUUAAUUUAAAUUCAACAGAGUUUAUUCCAUUUACCUAUUAUAGUCAUUUUCACGACCUAAUAGAGAUUUUGACCAUUCUGGAAGUACUAAAAACGGGCUUUUUUCUUUCUUAAUGUGUAUUAUCGUUCUUAUGUAUUACACAAAGUAGUUUCUUUUUUUGAAUAUAGUAGUUUCAUUGAACCAAAUAUGAUUCAUGUCUGUUGUAUAUUAUACAGGGUGUUUCAUUAAUAAUUGUCCAUAUAGUAACUGGAAAAACCUUAGCACAAAAUAC